CAUUAAGUUUUAGCCAUCUGUAUAUUGUACCACCACGAAUAUAUGCAAGCUCGCUUCACACAGUCCAUAAAAUUAUGACGACAUUGUAUGAGACUAACGGGAGGAGAAUCUUCGACAUCAAACUGCUGCCGUUGCAUUUUUAAAUCUUAUUUCCAAACAAAUCGCGUAUCUUUUUUGAUCAACACAACCAGUGUUUUAGCAAGAUUACUGUAUAUUGUGUUCGAAAUGAUCUGAUAAAAUUAUGUGAGUGGUUGGAUUUACCGUCUGUUACCUACAUAUGUUGGUCAGAGAUUCAGAAUGGUUAUGACUGAGCGUCAACAUGGAGAGAUCGCAGGGAUUAAUUGAGACGCAGUUAAUGAUUCCUAGUAGAAUGAAAUGCGAGCGAGAUAUAUCUCGGUGUGCAGGAUGCGGAGGAUUAAUCCACGAUCAAUAUAUCCUUAGAGUAGCGCCCGAUCUCGAAUGGCAUGCAUCGUGCCUUAAAUGUGAAUUUUGUCAGCAGUUUUUGGACGAGACACACACAUGUUUUGUCUACCAAGGACGUCCCGUUUGCAAGGAAGAUUAUAUUAAAAAUUUUAAAAGCUGCGCCAAAUGCAAAGUGUCCUUUCGAAAAGACGACACAGUGAUGCGCGCACGGCAUUUUAUCUAUCAUUUGGAAUGUUUUCGGUGUUCGGCUUGUGACAAUUCCUUGUGUACAGGCGACGAGUUUGGAUUAAAAGAAGAAAUGCUUUAUUGCAAAAUACAUUUCGAACCAACACUGAAAGCAGAGAUGGCGGACGCAGAUCUUUCCUUCUGUUCCAAACCAGUUCGGAAAAGGGACAAAUCUUUCGAAAACGCCACGACACCGCCGCACACGACCGUCGAUGGCUUGGCAGCAUUAAAUGGAUCUCGCAGUCCCGGAUCCGGCUCGCCCAACAGCAGCGGUGGCACAGUGGCAGUUCCGACGGGCAAUAAUCACAAUAGCGCUGUCCCCAGUUCCAAACACACGACAACGGGCACCCGUGAUACGCAUCAUCGCACAACCGGCGGCAAACACGGCAAGGAAACCAAAACGACACGUGUGCGCACCGUGUUAAACGAAAAACAGUUGAGUACACUGCGUAAUCUCUACAAUAUGAACCCGCGUCCCGAUGCGCUGAUGAAGGAGCAUUUGGUCGAUAUGACCGGGCUGAGUCCACGGGUUAUUCGAGUGUGGUUUCAGAAUAAACGCUGCAAAGACAAAAAGAAACAAAUGCUUAUGAAGCAAAUACAACAGCAAGAAAAGAAUGGCCAGCGAUUAGCGGCAAUUCAGGGAAUGCAAGGUGUGGCAAUGGUAGCGGGAAGCCCGGUGCGUCAUGUUGGUGAUCCACAUCUUCAAAUAAAUCCGGUGGAUAUUAGAAGUUACCAUCAACCACAGCCAGCGUGGAAGGCGUUGGAAAAUUUUGCUGUGCAAAACGAUCUAGUACGGCAUCCAAUGAACGGAUCGGUUGGACUACCCGGCGACCAUGGACACGAUCCAACAAAUGCAUUUCAACAACUGCUACAUGGCUUUGCUGAUCCAACCAUGGGCGGGAUGUUGCAGCACGGGCAGGAUUACGGCGGUCAUCCCGGCGGCGGGGAUAUGUAUGAUUUAGGCGGCGACGACAGUUACCAACACGCACCAAAUUCCGUAUCCAGUUCUACGCUACCUUCUGACUUAUCCAGUCCAGAAGGAAGCACGGAAUAAUCAAGCAAAUGCGUUCACUCUCUAAUCGCGUCGGAUCUAGUGAGUUGCAGCUUUAGCUAUCGCCGGGCGCUGGAGCUGCAAAGUACUAUACAAGGAAAGCACUAUCAACCUGGGUGUACUAUCGGAUUUCAGCUCCAGCAGACAAUAACACCUGCCUUUAUCGCAAAUCAACUCUUUUUAGAGAAUCUCCAGAGGGGCGCUGACCCAUGCAAUCUAUACAGUCAGUCUAUAUGAUCCAAAACAAUUUUCGCUGUACCUUUCGCCGCGAUAAUAAGAUGGAAUAGAAUUACCUGCUUUUGAGUUCAAUAUGUGCGCCCAGUGUUUAUGCACCGUAUACAUUUUAUGCGCAUUUUUCAUGUUCGAAAGCAAUAAUUCCUUAAUUUUCAGAAGAGCCAUAAUUUUCGGCCUUAAGUGCCAUAGCGGCUAUGUUAAUAAACUGCUACAAAAGCUAUCAUGAUUAAAAUUACACAAAUACAACUGGAAAUGAUUACCAUAGCAGAGUCUGAUUUUUUAGUGUGAGUUCCAAAAUUUUGAUAGAAAGUAUUAUUUGCUUCUGCAUGUCGCAAGCUUAAGAAGUAUUUCUACCGUAAUAUGACAACUCCGCUUUACAAAAAUG